GGGUGGAAGGCUUCUCUCUGUGAAGCACAUCAGCGGUGCCUCUCCUCCUCCUCCUUCUCCUCCUCUUCCUCCUCCUGCUCCUCCGUAGCAGCAGCCAUGCCGGUGUGACUACUUCAAGUUUUUCCUCUACUACUGAGCAGAUUCCCCCCCCCCCAACUCUCCCCUCCCGCGGUGUUCAGCCGUCCUCCUGAAGACCCGUUAGUCGAGCUGGUCGCGUUAGGCGCAUCAUGGAAGUUAGUUCACCGUGAGACUCAACACUGGUGGCGCUGGCGAAGGCUUUUAUAAGGUUGCUGUUUGAAGCUCGCGCGUUUUGGGCUCGCGGGCGAUUCGGUAGGAAAACCAAGUCGAAGGAGGCUGAAAGUGGGCAGAAUUUUCUCCAGGACCGAGUGGCAGAAGUAUCGACAGACGACAGCCGUUAUCCGCUCCUCUAUACAGGUGGAGAGAGAGACAGAGAGCGCGAGAAUUGGACCGGGCAUUCGAACCUGAACGGUAUUAGCUGAUUAGAAAUUUCCUUUCUGGACUGUUCGGCAUCUGCUGAGGUUGUUUGAGGCAACAAACCGUCUCCUACUUGGAACUGAAACCUCUCAUCGUGCCUGAAAAUACUUUUUUUCGGACGCCGGCUCGAGCACUUUUGCCCCUCUGCUUGCGCCCCGUGCUGCUGUUUGGCGCUCUGCCUCGCGGGAGACGACUCGAGCCCCGACGCCGCGUGCGAACCACUGCCCCGGAGCGGAACGCGUGUACGACCCGAGAGCGCAACAUGUCUGGAGCGCGUGGGGCAGAUGCCGUCCACCUCACCUGCUUCUUCCGGACACCAAGCGGGGACCAUGCCGGCGGACAGAUGUGGCGCCUCACGUGGAUUGUAUUUGUUUCCCUGUUUAUUUACGGCACAUCAGCACAAGACGACGUCCCUCCCUACUUCAAGACGGAGCCGGUGCGCUCCCAGCUGCACCUGGAGCGCAACAGGCUGGUGCUCACCUGCAUGGCGGAGGGCAGCUGGCCCCUGGAGUUCAAGUGGAUCCACAACGGCACCGAGCUCACCCGCUUCUCACUGGAAUACAGGUAUCUGAUCCCCUCGCUGGACCACUCCCAUGCUGGCUUCUACCGCUGCAUCGUGAGGAACAGGGUGGGGGCGCUGCUGCAGAGGAGGACUGAGGUGCAGGUGGCCUUCAUGGGGAGCUUCGAGGAGGGCGAGCGCGCCCAGUCCGUCUCCCAGGGCGAGGGGGCGGUGGUCCCGGCGCCACGCAUCCGCAGCUUCCCCCAGCCGCAGGUCACAUGGUACCGCGACGGCCGCAAGAUUCCGCCCAGCAGCCGCAUCGCCAUCACACUGGAGAACACGCUGGUCAUCCUGUCCACCGUGGCGCCCGACGCCGGGCGCUACUACGUCCAGGCGGUCAACGACAAGAACGGCGAGAACAAGACCAGCCAGCCAAUCACCUUGUCUGUGGAGAAUGUGGGUGGUCCAGCAGACCCCAUUGCCCCCACCAUCAUCAUCCCUCCCAGGAACACCAGCGUGGUCACCGGGACCUCGGAAGUCACCAUGGAGUGUGUGGCCAACGCCAGGCCGCUCAUCAAACUGGGCAUCUCGUGGCGGAGGAACGGCGUGCUGGUGACCUCGGGCCUGAGCGACUACAACCGGCGUCUGACGGUGCUGAGCCCGGCGGCGAGCGACGCGGGAUUCUACGAGUGCGAGGCCACGCUGCGGAGCAGCAGCGUGCCCUCCGUCAGCUCCGGCGCCUUCCUGCACGUGCUCGAGCCUCCGCAGUUUGUGAAGGAGCCGGAGAGACACAUCACCGCCGAGAUGGAGAAAGUGGUUGACAUCCCGUGCCAAGCUCGAGGAGUGCCGUCUCCAGACAUGGUGUGGUACAAGGACGCAGUGCCCAUCAGCCCGGUGAAGAUGCCCAGGUACCGGGUUCUGGCGGGCGGGAGCCUGCAGGUCAACGGCCUCCUGCCCGACGACACCGGCAUGUUCCAGUGCUUCGCCAGGAACCCGGCCGGAGAGGUCCAGACCAACACCUACCUGGCCGUGACCAGUAUUGCUCCCAACAUUACAACCGGACCCUCUGACAGCACGGUGAUUGAUGGGAUGUCUGUGAUCCUGCACUGCGAGACCUCCGGAGCCCCCAGACCUGCUAUCACCUGGCAGAAAGGCGAGCGGGUCCUGGCCAGUGGUUCGGUGCAGCUGCCCAGGUUCACCCUGCUGGAGUCGGGCAGCCUGCUCAUCUCUCCGUCCCACAUCUCCGACGCCGGCGCCUACACCUGCAUGGCCAGCAACUCCCGGGGCAUCGACGAGGCCGCCGCCGUCCUGGUCGUCUGGGCGCGCACCCGGAUCAGCACGCCCCCCCAGGACCAGAGUGUCAUCAAGGGGACCAAGGCCGUGUUCACCUGCGGGGUCACGCACGACCCCAGCGUCACCGUCAGGCACGUGUGGGAGAAGGACGGCUCCCCGGUCAACGCCCAGUCCAUCCCCCGCAUGAGGCUGGACCCCAGCGGGACCCUGCACAUCUCCCAGACCUGGUCCGGGGACAUCGGCACCUACGCCUGCAGGGUGACCUCGGUGGGGGGCAACGACUCUCGCAACGCCUACCUGCGGGUCAGGCAGCUCCCUCACGCCCCAGAAAACCCGGUGGCGGUGCUGAGCACGGUGGAGAAGAGGGCCAUCAACCUGACCUGGGCCAAGCCCUUUGACGGCAACAGCCCCCUCAUCCGCUACAUCCUGGAGGUGUCGGAGAACAAUGCUCCGUGGGCCAUCCUGCUGGCCAACAUCGAACCCGAGUCCAGUGCGGUGACGGUGAGCGGGCUCAUCCCGGCGCGCUCCUACCAGUUCCGCCUGUGCGCCGUCAACGACGUGGGGAAGGGCCAGUUCAGCAAGGAGACAGACCGUGAGUCCCUUCCAGAGGAGCCCCCGAGUGCCCCGCCCCAGAACGUCAUCGCCAGCGGCCGCACCAACCAGUCCAUCAUGGUCCAGUGGCAGCCGCCCCCGGAGAGCCACCAGAACGGCAUGCUGAAGGGCUACAGCAUCCGGUACCGGCUCACGGGUCUGCCCGGUGACUACCAGAUCAUGAACAUCUCCUCCUCCGACGUGACCAACCUGCUGCUGGAGGAACUCAUCAUCUGGACCAACUACGAGAUCGAGGUGGCGGCCUACAAUGGCGCCGGGCUGGGCACCUUCAGCCACAAGGUCACGGAGUGGACCCUGCAGGGAGUUCCCACCAUCGCCCCCGGCAACGUGCAGGCGGAGGCGGGGAACUCCACCACGAUCCGCUUCACCUGGACGGCGCCCAACCCUCAGUUCAUCAACGGCAUUAACCAGGGCUACAAGUUGCUGGCCUGGGAGCCGGGGCACGAGGAUGUGGUUGCCAUGGUAACUGUGCGACCCAACUUCCAGGACAGCAUCCACGUGGGCUAUGUCUCGGGCCUGAAGAAGUUCACAGACUACUACACAUCAGUGCUGUGCUUCACCACGCCCGGGGACGGCCCCCACAGCAAGCCCCAGCACCUCAGGACACACGAGGACACGCCCGGCGCCGUGGGUCACCUGAGCUUCACCGAGAUCCUGGACACGUCGCUCAAAGUCAGCUGGAGGGAGCCUGGCGAGAAGAACGGCGUGCUCACAGGCUACCGGAUCUCCUGGGAGGAGUUUAACCGCACCAACACCAGGGUGACCCACUACCUGCCCAACGUGACCCUGGACUACCGGGUCACCGGCCUGACGGCGCUCACCACCUACACCAUCGAGGUGGCGGGCAUGACCUCCAAGGGCCAGGGGCAGCUGUCCUCCUCCACCAUCUCCUCCGGGGUCCCUCCAGGUCAGACACAGAGAGACGCAGAGCAGCCUGGCAGCGACAGUGAGUACGAGGUGGACCCCAACCGCCAGAAGACCCACUCCUUCGUCAACCACUACAUCAGCGACCCCACCUACUACAACUCGUGGCGGCGCCAGCAGAAGGGCAUCUCCCGCGCCCAGGCCUACAGCUACACCGAGUCGGAGUCGGGCGACCCCGACCACUGCGCCCCGCCCCCACUGCCGCCCCUCCCCCCUCUGCCCCCCCAGCUCAGCUCCCCCAGCCCCCAGCCCCAGGGCCCGCCCCAGCCCCAGGGCCAGAGCCAGGGCCAGCCCCAAGGCACCCCCCAGGGCCAGGGCAGCCUGUUCAGGCCCAAAGGGAGCCGGACUCCCACCCCCUCCCAGCAGUGCUCCAACCCGCCCAGCCAGCAGAGCACCCUGUACCGGCCCCCCAGCAGCCUGGCCCCCGGCUCUCGGGCCCCCAUCGCCGGCUUCUCCUCCUUUGUGUGAUGAUGAUGAUGACGAUGAAGAUGAUGGUUAUGAUGUCGAUAGAGACUAAAGGGUUGAAAGUAUAGAUUAAAGUAUUCCUGGAGUGAUCCAGGCGAAUGGUAUUGGAGGAGAACGUCAUAUGACAGGCAUUUAAUCAAACCAAUCAAACGUCAGUUAGUUUUGUGUUUUAAAGAUGUUUUGUUCCACGGUUGCUUUCUUUUUUUUACUAUCGGUUAUGUUCAGUUUUCUUCUUCCAUUAUUUUUGUUUGAAAUGUGUUUUUUUUUUUAAGACAUUCAAGAUAAAAGUACAUAAUCCAUUUUUCUUUUUCUUUCUUUGCGUGCGCGUGUGCCAGUGGAUCUUCUAAAGACAGUACAUGAGAUAAUAUUUACAUCAUCUGUCCUCUGAUUUGUUUUGCUUUUGCCGUCCAAGCGAUUUUGCCUGACAUGUUUUGCAUCAACUCUUUUAGUUUUUCCUUUUGCGUUUGCGAUAUUCUUUCUGACACAACAUAUAAAGGAACUGUUCUGUACAAAGAUUUUUUUCUUCAAAGCCCCACCGAUCAAGAGCAUAGAGAGCUUAUCUAGCCUGUUGGAGUCUUCUCUGAAUCCAUCGAGUGAGACCUGAGGCUACCAGGCAGCCAAACGGUCGGAGUAAAGACAUGUGUCCAUUUGCACGGAUUCAAACUGACAACAUGGAUUGUAAACGGAAGCGGUGAAGGGACAAUUAUCAAUG